AUCUCGCCGUUUCAUUCAUCCAGCUCAAGCCCAUCUCAUGGAUCGCAGCGCGGAGUCUGGAAACCAGCCAUCCCCCGAUCCCGCAGAGGACGCCCCGUGUACCGCAGGGGAUGGAGGAGCCGCUGCAGCCCCCGAAAAGCCACCUUAUUCCUACGUGGCUCUCAUUGCAAUGGCCAUCAGAGAAAGCGAGGAGAAGAAGCUGACCCUGAAUGACAUCUACAGCUUCAUCAUAUCCAAGUUCCCAUACUACGAGAAGAACAAGAAAGGAUGGCAGAACAGCAUCAGACACAACCUGAGCCUCAACGAGUGCUUCGUGAAAAUUCCCCGGGAGAGCGGCGGGGAGAGGAAGGGGAACUUCUGGACGCUAGACCCGGCGUUUAACGAUAUGUUCGAGAAAGGGAAUUACAGGCGCAGGAGGCGCGUCAAGAGACCCUAUCGACCACCACCCUUACCGUCUGGAUUUAACUUUACCGACUCGUACUGCCUGCAACAGGAGCCUGUUUACUGGCAAAGCCCGUUCGUCAGCACCAACUCCUGGAGUCACCAGUCCAGCUCUCCGACGCACAUCUCCAGCUACCUGCCGCCCAUGCUUGGCAACGCGCGCCCUCUGUCUCCAAACGAUUACGCCAACUCUCCCGUGACUUAUUACCACGGUCAACACCAUCACCUUCACCCGUCCUACAGACCGUACCACCGGCAUCCGAACGCUCUGGUGCCUCUGAGCGGCAUGACGCCACCGGUGAGCCCGGGCGGAAGCUCCAUCUCCACCUGCAGCUACCCCCCGCCGCAGAACAGCCACCCUGAACUGGAUUUCAUGAGGCGCAGACGUUCUGACAGUCUCAUGCCGUGCAUGAAUGACAACAAGGGAGAAAAAGAAAGAGAGAGAAAGGAGGAGGAAGCAAGUGAGGGCGAGAAAGAGGAAGAGAGAGAGAGGCACUACACACAACUAUGUCGAUGA